AUGGUUCAUCGAUGCAUUCAACCACCGUCACCUCCACUUCACAGACAAUCACAGUAUCUCGAUUUCAUGCAGCGACCACAAAAUGGACCACUCCCACGGCGACGCUCAUCUGGAACGGGACAACCUCUUUACCAGUUUCAACGCCCAUUCUUUUUACCAUUGCCAAGGAUUACAUGGUGCCAUAUAACAAGAUCGGGCCCCUGGCAAUCCCAGGGUACGGUGGCAGCGGGCUCUGCCAGGACUGCAACGUUCGCCGAGAUGGAAGUCGGUCACAAGUCGUAA